AAAAUGGCAGUAAGAAACGCUAGAGAGAACGAUCGGGAGCUUAGCUUCUUUCGCUAUGAUUGGGCUCUUUCGCGAUACAGAUGGAUAGAUGAAAAUUGUUGCAAUACAGUGUCUGGUUUCGGAAACGUAGAAAACUUUGUUCACCCCUCGUCUGAUGUCAAGGUUUCAUUCAGGAGACACAUUUCUCAAGAGGGCCUGAAUACUCAUGUAACUAAAUCGAAGAAAGGAAAGUUAGUCACAAGAAGUCAAAGCCUUUGCACCUUGCAACUAAAAAAUGAAGCCCAAGAGAUUGCCAGGGGACAUGGGACAAUGACUAGUGUUUUACAAAGCAGACUUCUUAGAUUGAAAGCUGCACAAACACUUUGGCACAAGGACACCAAUGCGUUGAUAGAAUAUCUUCUGCGGUUGAAAGAUGAUGCAGUGCUGGUUGACAUUAUGCCAUUUCUGACAUGCAGAGUGCGUGAUGUAUCACCUGAAGGACAGGCCUUGUCAAUGGGGGCAUGUUUAGAAAUUUUACCUGCACUUGAGAGACUCCUUACAUCUAAAUUUGAAGAUUACGUUAUUGCUGGACUGGACAUGAUCAGGGAAAUGAUCAAACGCUGGUGGAUGCAACUGAAAGCUGCAACAAGUAAAGGUGUGGAGCCAGAGUGGCAAAGAUGUAGCAGGAGUGUGAGUGGCAUGUACGUGGCAAUUGUUUCUCUUUCCGCCAUCAUUCUAAAAGUUUCUAAUAAAAAAGGACCUGUAGGCGAGAAAGCUCUCGUUGUCACCAGGUUGUUAGAUCUACUAUAAAAUUAUGUGUAACUGAGUAGAGCGACGAUAAAAAUUGUACUUAGGCUGAUGAACAUUGAAUGGUGUGAACUAUUAACGAAUGCUCUUUAUUUGUUUUAUCUAUUAUUUAUUUGUUUCCAAUAUCUUAAAACUUACCUUAUUUCUAUUUUCAAAUUUACAAAGGGAUACUGUAUUAAAAGUUGUGCUUAAAACUAGUUCUCAGUUCUUUCAAUGAGUUAUGUUUGUAAUAAAAUAUUUGACAU